CUGAGGAGACACAAAAGAUUCAAACAAACUGCAGCUGAGGGGAAAAAAAGUCAUUAUGUUGAUUUGGAUAUGUGGUUAUGAAUUCCACCCUUUACCCAUAGGACAUACCACACAACUCAUUUCACUGCAGUCACACGUUGUUCCUCCACUGUCGCUAUAGUUACCAAGCAACAAACUACACAGGAAGUCGUUCUAACUUACGAACGGGACUUUAUCUGCUGAGAGAAGAUUUUUUAUUUAUAUCAAUAAAUAAUAAGGAGCCAUGGAGAUUCAAAACAAGCGGCCCCUUUUCCCUUGGUACAAGGAGAGGCUGCGGACCAAGUAUCUGAAAGUCUCAACAAACAAGAUCACCUCAGUCAGCAGUUGUUGCUGUUUAGUAAACGUGAGCCUGGAUGACUUCAGCGUCGGGCCUUCAGUCUUAUCUAAGGUGCGGAGAGUCUCAAAGGAGCACGCCUGCUUCUCAAGGCAGAUGAUCCGAAAGCAGAUUGGCAGAGAAUAUGUGAACGCUGUGGAGGAGAAGCUCAAACAGCAUCCAUUAGUCCUCUACCCCCAUUAUAGGGACCACAUGUCCCCGGAGUUAUUUGAGAAGGUGGUAUCUGUUCUGGACCCAGACAUGUGCGUAAACAGCGCCUCUUCACUUCCUACGCCUACUGCUGAGCGUGCAGAAGAGGAAGAAGAGGGAAACUGUGCAGGGCCGAGAAACAAGGACGGGAACAAGGCUAAACAAGGAGCAACAGCCAGUAAAAUCGACCCUGAUGUCCCAAAUCAAGGUCCCAGAAACCCUUACACACUUCCAAUGAAUGGAAAAGGUAUCGAAAAAGGCCAAAAGGUCAAAGUGAAUCAACUGAACAACCACAAGGGCAUGAGAGCAGCCACCAAACCUUUCAGAUAAUGGUUCCUUUAUCCGGUUGAAGGGAUCAGUUUGACCAAAUCUGAAAUGGGAAGACAUCAUCACAGUGGUCUUCAACCUCCAUCAUCACCAACUUUUUAAGAAAAGAAUUCAAACAGUUGUCUUGCUAAGGCCAUAAAUAAAGAAGACGGUUUUUAAAAGCCCUUGAGCCACAUUAUGUAAAAAGAGUAAAGAUUACUCAACACAAAGUAAAACAAGCACAAAGUAAGAAAAUAACAGAUUAAAUACCUGGAUCCUCCCAUCAUGUCAGUUAGAACUUAAGAAGUGAAACACAAGCACGUCCAGUUGCCUCUGUCAGUUGCACAACUUCUGGAGAUAGGAAAAUAACACACUUUGUGGCGGCUGAUUAAAGAUCCAACUCGUACCGUGAAGAGUCUGAGUCUGAAUCCCAAAAGAUAAGUUAAAAAUCUAAACAAGUGAAGACAUGAGGACCUGCCACAAACAUUCAUAUCCCUCUGCUUUCUCUGAGGCCUGGAGAGCAGCUGCUUUGGCAUCAAUAGAGGAGACUGUGGCUGUAGAGUGUUUGUCCUCCAACCAGAAGGUCGACGGUUCAGUCUUCACCAUCUGCAUGCCGAAGUGUCCUUGGGCAAUAUACUGAGCCCAUAAAUGGCCCCUUGUAGAUGUUGAACGCUAACUGUAAGUCACUUUGAAUAAAAGCGUCCGAUGUAAUGUAAUAUGAGGUAAAACAGAUGCAAAGUGUGUAACCCUAAGAUGUGUGUAUGUCAAGAGUUGUCAACACAACAGAUAAAGACUGAAAAGGGAAAACGCCUUUAUGCUAUAUUCCUAAAGACAGGCUUCAUGAGAAGUGUCAGAUGUGUGUGUGCACAGCAACUGAACACAGGAAACAUGUAGACGCACUAUACAUCCUGCAUUUGAAUAAAGGAAAUACAUUUUUUUUUAAACAACCACAAUGACACAGAGAGGAAAAAAAGUAGAAGUCUAAGGUACACCCAGUUUUAUUGGAGUAUUUUCUGAAUCAUUUCAGAAAUCAGAGGUUUUACCGUCCAUCUGUCAGAAACAUUUGUAUGUUAUAGGUUCCAUCAGGGUUUCUUCAGUAUUCACCACAUGUAAUCUAUGACUACUUAUAUUUCAUUUAUAUUUCCGUCACAUAUCAUUUGACUUCAGGUAAUCAUUAAAAAGAAAUAGAUAUAUAUAAAAAACGAUAAAUUCCUGAAGAUUGAGUUAUCGAUGGAUCAAAAUGUGAAUUCAAGACAUAAACAUUUGUCUCGUUGUAUGUGCAAAAUGUGCAAGACCUUUGUAAAUAGAUUGACUCAUUAAGACUUUUCCACGAUUCUUUUCUGAGACCUACAGACACCUGCAUCAUGAUGUGCUGGUUCAGAAUCAGAUGAAUGUUUUCACUAACACAGUUCAGUUUCUCUAAUUUCUGAUGACAAGCAACUGUGCAAAUAAUUGUUUAUAUAUCAAAACUAUAGAGAAUAUAGAUUCCUGGUUUGAAAUAAUCAGCAAACAAUUCGUUUGUAUUGUAAA